GUAGCAAAACUUCACCUUCACUCUACAUUACGGUAGCAUCCUGCCUAGAAAAUCCAACGACGGUCCCUUUAAGCAAUUGGGACACAAAGAAUCUCAGAAAAUAAUGGGGAAAAAAAUAAUAAAGGGAAGGCAUGCUUGCUGUCCGUGAUGAUGAGUGAGUUGUGUGUAUUACACAACAGUAUGAAAAACAAGAGAAGCAAUGAAAAGGAAAUUACUUUUUCUUUUUCUCUUCUCCCCAAAAACAGUCACUUUUGCACCCAACAAAUAAAUGGUGCAAAAUUCUGGGGUCCAACGGAACAAGUAAUGCUAAUUUCUGAGACCCACAGAGGUACAUAGUCAAUCAUCCAAGGCAUGGAACACAAACACAUCCCAUGAGCCAUCAUCAUCAUCAUUCACUCCUUCAUUCCCUUUUUGCUUUUCCUUUUUUUCUUCGUGUCUUGUGGUGUUCUUUCCAAUUCUUCUAAUUCCUUCUACUUUACAAAUUCAACAAGGGAUUGCAGGUUGCAACUCUGUGCUACACUGCACUGCACUAAUUGUCUUCUCUGGCUAGAACUACAUGUUUUCUGAUUCCCUUCAUGCUUUGCACUGUGCCUUCUGUUCUGUCACUUUUCUCCCUGUGUGAGACUUCAGUUGAGCUUGCAUAGUAUCAUCACAUGGCUUUUCACUGGUUUCUCGUGUGACACCAUGACUUGGUAAGUUACCUUUUCGCGGUGCCGCGGUUACUGCUGACAAGAGAAAGAAGCCGUUUUUCUGUUUUUGGCCUUUUCUCCUUUCUCUAUUUAGUUUUUCUCUUCAGCACGAGAACACUUCCGUUAUACUUUUAAAAUAUAAAAAAAAAAAAAACUUUAACCACUCUCUCUCUCUUCGAAAAUUAAAUCCGUUUGGGAUUUAAAUCUUUUGUGGAAAAACAUCAAAUAAGAAACUGCAAUUAGGGGGGAAGUAGAUCAAGUUAAGAUUUUGCAGAUGGAUAGUUUGUUUGUUUCCUUAGUUAUGCGGGAGGAGCACUGUUUUCAAGGGAAGAGCUGAACUAGUGGAAAGGGUGGAACAAAACUUGCCGAGAGAUUUUCUUUCCCUUGACUUGACUUUGGAGUACAGUACAACAAAUUUGGUUGUUUGUUACUCAGCAAAACGAGGGGCGUGUUUGGUUUUUUCUUCCUCUGCAUCAUUUUCGGUUUUCACUACUUGUGAUGCUCUCAUAUCUUAUUCUUCCUCAUUAGCUUUGUGUUGUGUUGGGAGUCAUUGGUAGACAUGGCAGAAAUUAGGCUUACCAGGAUGGAGCAAGGCCAAACCAAGAUUAAGAAUGUUCCAAUAGCUGUGACCCCUGAAGGGUUUUGGUGCUGUCCUUCCCCUGUGGUGUUUCAGAAAAGCCUCAAGGCUCAGAAUCCUCUCAAUAAGCCAAAACCCUCUUCACCCCCACCAAAAACCAGUGUUCAAAAAAAGCCAGUGUACGAGAGAAGAACUGCUGCAGCUGCCCCUUCAAGAUUGGUGCUUUCUGAUGAUCAGCAAUGUUCAACUGCUCCAGAAAGACCUCCUCCACCUACUUCAUCUGUGGCUGCUGCAGAAAGGGGACCCAGGCCAAAGAUUGAAUCUUUGCCAAAGAAGGUUGCUAUUGAGUUUGGUGAACCUGGAACUUGUGAUAUGAAAGUGAUUUUGCUAGGAAAGCAGGGGUUUUGUGUCAAGUUAAGUGUGCACAGGAAUGUUCUGACUGAGAAGAGUACCUUCUUCUCCGAAAAACUAUCUGAACAAUCGGGCUUGUCUUGUCUCCAAAUCGGUGACUGUGAGGAUGUUGAGAUAUAUGUUGAAACUGUUGGUCUUAUGUACUGUAAGGAGAUGAAGCAGCGGCUUAUGAAGCAAAGUGUUUCUCGUAUUCUUCGAAUACUUAAGGUAGCAGAAUUCCUUGGCUUCAGCUCAUGCAUCGAAUCAUGUUUGGAGUUCUUGGAAGCAGUCCCUUGGGUUGGAGAAGAAGAGGAAGAGAAGGUGGUGUCAACAGUGCUACAACUCCAAGCAGAAGGAAUUGGAGUCAACCCUGUACUGAAACGAGUUUCAUCAGACAUUUCUAAUGUCCCAAAAGAAACUCUUUCCCAAAUCAUCGACCUUGUAUUGAAAAGCAACGAGGAAAGAGGCCGGCGAGAGAUGAAAUCCAUCGUUCUGAAGCUCCUAAGGGAGAACAACAGUCUUCCAAGCUAUGCACGCACAAACGACAUAUGCAAUGACACCAUUUACAAAUCAUGCAGAAGCUGCUUGGAGUCGUUACUGGAACUGUUCAAGCAGGGUGCAGAAGCCAGUGAGAACAGAGAUCGUCUGGCAAAGUGCAUAGCUCUUGAAGCUGAUAACUUAACGUGGUUGCUUGAGAUUUUAGUUGACAAACAAGCUGGUGAUGAGUUUGCAGUGAUGUGGGCAAAGCAACAGGAACUUGCCAUGUUACAUGGGAAGCUGCCAACUGUGUUGCGGUACUGUGUUAGCUGUCUUUCUGGGAGACUGUAUGUGGGGAUUGGGAGAGGGGAGUUGCUUCCAUCGAAGGAGACACGGAGGUUGUUGUUACAGACAUGGCUGCAGCCUCUGAUGAAUGACUACAACUGGCUGCAGCAUGGAUGUAGAUCAUUCGAUAGGAAAGUUGUGGAAGAAGGAAUUGGGAGGACUAUUCUGACCUUGCCUCUGGAGGAUCAACAGAGCAUUUUGCUUUCAUGGUUUCAGAGUUUCUUGAAAAGUGGUGAUAGCUGUCCCAAUCUUCAGAGAGCCUUUGAGGUGUGGUGGAGGAGAACUUUCAUCAGGCCUUAUGGUAAUGUUGGUGUGUCAGAUAGUUCAAUCUUGGCAAAGGAACAUCACUGAAAAACUCUUCAUCAAUGUCUUUCUUUCUUUCACUUUAUAUUAACAAGUUUGAGGAAUUGUAUAGAGAUAUGUGUUGGAUUAUUUCUUUCAGGAAUUCAGUAAUUGCUUUUUGUAUAAUCUCUUCAAAGAAAGUAAUGGAAUGGAGUUCUAGUUUUUUGCCCCA